AAUGGACAACGUUGUCAUUGUUGUCAUUUGGUUACAGAAUAUACCGAAAUUGUAUUUGGGAUGUGAAAUGUGAACCAUAGAUGUGAACUAUUGACUAUUGACCAUACCAUAGCUAUUGACUAUGAUGCGAACAGGUGAAUGUGCAGGCAUGUAAAAGAUUACUGAAGAAACUUUAAUUAUCCCAUUUUUUAUUUGGAAAAUGUCUUCACACUGGGAAGAGUUCUAUGCUACUCAUUUACCUCCAACUGAUUUUGAAGAUAACAGGAAAUUACUUCAAGAAUUUUGCGAAAGGCAUAAUAGAAACAACGAAAGAAUAGUUCUAAUAACUUCUGGAGGCACAACUGUACCACUCGAACACAAUACUGUAAGAUUUGUGGACAAUUUCAGUGCAGGGACAAGGGGAGCCGCUAGUGCAGAAUAUUACUUGGAACAUGGAUAUGUUGUUAUCUUUAUGCAUCGUCUUAAAAGCCUCGAACCUUUUACCAGACAUUUUAAUGGACAAAAGUUUAUGGAUAUGUUGGAAUUACAUGAAAGAGGACCUAAUACCACUAUUACUGUUAAACCAGACAGUGUAGAUGUUCUGGCACCUAUUCUAGCCAGUUACAAAGCUGCACAAGAAAAUGGCAGAAUUUUGUAUGUUAGCUUUACUACCGUGUCAGAUUAUUUCUGGUUGUUAAGGGCAGCUUCAGAAAGUUUAGCUCAGUUUGGAUCCAGGGCUUUACUCUUUCUAGUUGCUGCGGUUUCAGAUUUUUAUGUUCCAGCAAAUCAAAUGCCAACACACAAAAUUCAGUCAGGUGGAACAGCUCCAAAUAUUCAAUUACAGCUUGUUCCAAAACUUUUGGCUCCCCUAGUAAAUUUAUGGGUUCCUCAUGCAUUUGUCGUUUCUUUUAAAUUGGAAACUGACGAGAGUAUAUUAAUUACAAAAUGUAGGGAAGCCUUAAAUAAAUAUAAGCAUAAGUUAGUCAUUGGCAACAUGCUUCAAACAAGAAGAACAAGGGUUGUUUUUGUCACCCCCGAAAAUAACUAUGAGUUGGUACUAUCUCAGCAGCAAGUACAUAAUGGAAUGGAAAUAGAGGAAAUAAUAGUAUCAAACGUUGUGGCUAAUCACAAUGAUUACAUAAAAAUCCAGAAAUAUUAAUAAGUAAUUUCUCAUAUUGAUGGUAAAUGUCUAGGAAAUAAUUUUAUCAGGGUAAUCCUUAAAUGUCUUUAAAAAUUAAUGGUAAAGAUGUAUUACAUGUGUAAUAUGUGUAAUGGUGAAGGUAAGAUCGAAUAUUUAGUGUGGACUAUAGUUAUUGAGUAGUAGUACAUACUGGUAGCAAAAAACGCCUAAAUCUGUUAAGGCACACAUAUCUAAAAAUGGGAUCAUGUGCUAUUCCUAAGACUGCAACAUUUAAGACAGAUUAGAACAAAAUAAAAUUUUAUUCUUUGAAAUUUUUAAGGUGCCAAAAUUUCAGUCAGACUCCUGAAGAGUAUUAAAAUAGGACAUAUUGGUUUAUUAUACCCUUUUACGUGUUUCCACUUAGUUUUUUAAAACACUUUUCCUAGUAAAUAACACUGGUAGUUUACAAUCUCUUUAAAAAAGACCUCUGAGUUUUUUGCCGCUACAAGAAAAUCUACAAAAUAAAAUUGUUAUUUUUUUGUAAACACGAAUGCGUUGAUCCAACGAAGACCAAUUUGUUAGCGGUAUUUUACUAAUAAGACAAAUUUGCUUAGCAGACCAAAAAUGCUUAAUGUUUCAGGAGGUAGGUAUAUCUCCUCCUGUCGUCGGAAGCAAAAAAAAAUACAAAGAACAAAAA